AUGGCUAACUCUGAUGCCUUCGAGACGUGUAAGCGAGCAGUUGGAUAUGCAUGGCAGAAGUCGUGUGAGGGGUAUGACUAUCUCUUGUCUAGAUCUGAGGACGGCCUCUCUCUUACUAAAGGGGACCGGUCACAGUUGGGCCGUACCUGGAAUGUGGCUAGUACUGCUACUUGUGCUGCUUAUCACAGUAGUAAAGAUUUCGUAGAUGAACAUUUCACGCCUGAGAGGAGGGAGAAGACCUACGCUGUGCUGGAGUCGGCCGGUGAGUCAGCUGGUGAUGCUGUAAGUGCGGCGUACAAGUCCCUCAGCAAAGACUAG